AAGACAGUGGCGCCUCUGCGGUGACCCGAUAAACAAGGUGCAAAGGAAGUGGCACGGCACGAUAUUCACUCGUUGGCAGGAUUGCACAAGCCCCUGACUUCCCCAGCAGGAGCCAUAUGGCCCCGACACUCGGCUACUGGAAUGUACGGGGUCUUGCCCAGCCGAUCCGCAACCUGCUCAUCUACAAGGGCGUCAACUUCGAGGACAAGCGGUACACGUUCGGCCCGCCGCCCAACUUCGACCGCUUCGACUGGCACGGCGAGAAGCACUCCCUGGGUCUCAAGUUCCCCAACCUGCCCUAUUACAUCGACGGUAACGUCAGGCUGACGCAGAGUAUUGCCAUCCUCCGCUACCUGGCCAGGAGGCACGACCUAGCCGCCAAAACAGAUGCAGAGACUGCCGAGUUGGACAUGCUGGAACAGCAGGCUAAGGACCUCUCCUGGGGCCUCGCUAUGACGGCGCUGAACCCGGCCUUCCACGAAAUACGCAAGAAGUACGAAGACAGCAUGGCGAACCUGCUCAAACCGUGGGCGGAUCACCUGCAAGGAAAGACUUGGGUGCUGGGCGAUCGUCUCACCUACGUCGACUUCCUCCUCUACGAAGCCCUGGACUGGAACUGCCUGUUCAAAGCCGAGGCAUUCUCCGCCUUUCCGGUGCUGCUUGACUACCUAAGGAGGUUCGAAGAACUGCCCAACAUCAAGGAGCACAUGGCGUCGUACAACUACAGCAAGUGGCCGCUCAUGGGUCCCAUGGUCAAGUGGGGACACAAGAAGGAAUGACCGUUGCUUGAACUCUCGUUGUUCGUUUUCGUGUGCAGCAAGUAAUAAAUGUACAAAAACGAU